UUACAGGUUUUGCUUUGCUUUUUGAUGGUCUUUUUCUGCAAGUUUUGAUGGUGAUGCCUUUUAGAUUGGUUUAGUAUUUGUGUUGCUGUUAAACUCAUAGAUUGGACUUUUUCUACUAUUUUCUGUAAUUUUGUAGUUUCUCUAUUCCAUUGGAGGGUGAAUGAUUGUUUCAGGUUUCGUUGGUGAAUCAUGAAAGGAAAAGUGAGCAGCUGAGAACCAUAUGCUUGCAAGCCAUGCUGUUUUUCAGACUUCUCGGACCAGAAAAAGAACUUCGACAAUGCUACUGAAACUUUCCACAGAUCCAUCGUCUCCAACAUUAUCUGUACAAACCUCCAUGGGAUCUCUGUGAUACACCACUCUCUCUCUCUCUCUCUCUCUUCCUCUCUCUCUCUCUCUCUCAAGCUCGGAGAGUAUUAAACACACACAAAAACCAGAUCUUUCUCUCUCUCUCUCCACCCAAAAAAAAUCGAAACUUUAUAGUUUCUGCUUGAUGAAAAGCAAAAUCCACCACCAGCCCAAUGGCGGGAGCAACAAUGGUGUUAUUACAGGUAGCGAUAAUGGCUGUCGAAGUGAGUCACCAAGCCCGCCUUUAUCUCCAAACCGGCGUGUCCUCCGUCGUCAACGGCGGCAGACUUUACUCAGAGCUUCCUCUUUCUCUCUCCGGAGAAAUCUCCGUUACUUGCUUCUCCUUCCUAUGAUUUACGCUUCUGGGCUUCUCAUGUGUGUCGGUCCUUUCUCGGGUCUUGUCGGGUGGGUUUAUGUUCCCGGGUCUGUUUAUCGGAGCCCCGAGAUUUACCGGAAACUUAAAGAUGACAUUCUCUCUGACAAUUCAACCGCCCUUGAGUUGUCUUCUGUGUGGAAAUACAAAAGGAGACCAAAAAUGCCAAAACCUUGUCCUAAUUCAACAGUUUCAUCACAUCUUGGUCUUACCAGAGAAUCAUCUCAUCUUGCUCCUAGUGGUUACUUGAUCGUUGAGGCAAAUGGUGGUCUUAAUCAGCAGCGUUCCGCGAUUUGCAAUGCUGUGGCUGUUGCUGGACUCCUGAACGCAGUUUUAGUCAUACCCCAGUUUGAAUUUCAUGCUAUUUGGAAGGAUUCAAGCACAUUUGGGGAUAUUUAUGACGAAGAUCAUUUCAUAUCUAGCCUCGAAGGUUAUGUGAAAAUUGUGAGAGAUGUUCCUGAUGAGAUAAUGACUCGUUUUAAUUACAACAUGUCAAGUAUCCCUACUAUUCGGGUUCAAGCUUGGGCUACCGUAAACUACUAUAAUGGGGACGUCUAUCCGGUCUUAAAGGAACAUGGGGUUAUACGGAUUUCUCCUUUCGCAAAUAGACUGGCGAUGAGUGUUCCACCAUAUAUCCAACUUUUGAGGUGCAUAGCUAAUUACAACGCAUUGAAGUUUUCUUCACCCAUAUCAACACUAGCUGAAAAGUUAGUCGAUCGGAUGGUCGAGAAAAGCUCAGAGACCGGAGGAAAGUAUGUCUCAGUUCACCUUCGGUUUGAGGAGGACAUGGUGGCAUUCUCAUGUUGUCUCUACGAAGGUGGAAGAGCUGAGAAAUCUGAAAUGGAUGUGAUCAGACAGAAAAGUUGGAAAGGAAAGUUCAAACGAAGAGAUCGUGUCAUUAGGCCCGACCUUAACCGAGUUAAUGGAAAAUGUCCCCUUUCCCCGUUAGAGGUCGGUAUGAUGCUCCGUGGUAUGGGAUUUGAUAACAACACUUCAAUAUAUUUGGCCUCGGGACGAAUCUAUCAGCCUGAGAAACAUUUGGCUCCUCUCCAGGAAAUGUUUUCCCGUCUCUACACAAAAGAGUCUCUUGCAACUCCAGAGGAGCUUGCCCCAUUUGAGGGAUAUUCUUCCAGAAUGGCUGCUUUGGACUACACAGUGAGCUUGUUAAGUGAAGUGUUUGUGACAACUCAAGGUGGAAACUUUCCCCAUUUUUUGAUGGGCCAUCGGAGAUUCCUCUAUGGUGGACAUGCAAAAACUGUCAUACCGGACAAACCCAAACUCGUUCUCCUUCUUCAGGACAUGGACGUGAGGUGGGAAGUUUUCAAAAAGGAGAUGAAAUUGAUGCUAGGGGAAAGUGAUAGAAAGGGAGUGAUGGUACCUAGGGUCAGGAAGAUCAACCGGAAAACUUCCAUUUACACAUACCCUUUACCCGAGUGUGAAUGCAUCUUUCAUUUGUCUUCCAAUUUCUCAGCUACCGGAAACAUUCAGAAUCUUGGAGCACUUCAUCCAACUUCCAACCUCAUGAAUACUGCAAGACUAUAGUCUCGAGUCUUUUUGACCCUUACACUGAAGCUUUGUGCCAAGUCCUGAACGUUUUUGUGCUCUUGACGGAAGCAAGCAAUCAUAUAUGAAGGAGAUUUUUAUGAGGGAAUUGAGUUCACACAAGUGUAAGAACUCUCUAGGAUUGAAACUGUGUUGCUUGCUAUUUCUUGUCAUGUAGGAGUUAGGAUAGUCACAAAAACAGGGGUGUGAUUUUCUGUACUUAUGUUUUCUUCUUCUUUUUUUUGGUCAUUACUUUACACUCUGUCCCUCAAAUUGUUCAAGUGUAUAGUAAUUUACAGUUGGUCUUAUUUUUUGUUGUUCUGAAAGUUCUUUGUAACAGUCCCCCAGCUUCCCACUAGAUUUUACAUUCAA